GUAGAGGGCAAUUAUCCUGGGCCCUGGUUCGGUUCAUGGAGGAUUUUUCUUCUCCACCUCUGCUUUAUCUCUCCUCCGUGGUGGUCGCUUCGUUCCCACGGCAACCUUACUUCGAUUGAUAGAAAAAGGAGCAAACUUCGAAUCAAAAGCUUUUCCAUUCUCGCUCUACGUAUUUAUUAAUCAUCUUUCUUGGACAAAACUCUGGCGGACCUUAAAGGAACCUUAGCGUUCCUCUCUUCGAUUCUAGCUGAUCGGUUCGAUUUCAAGUCCAAGAAGAAGAAGAAACGGAGAGGGUUUUACAACGUGAAGAUGCUCUGGAUUAUGAGGUUCUCUGGCUUCUUCUCCGCCGCAAUGGUCAUGAUCGUCCUCUCUCCUUCCCUGCAGUCCUUCCCUCCGGCCGAAGCCAUCCGGUCCUCUCACCUCGACAACUACCUGCGUCUACCCGUUCAAGUGUCCCCUUCCGAUUACCUCGUCCACUUUUCGUUCCGAAAAGCCCCAGCUUUUCGCAAUGCCGGUGAAUGCGGUUCUGUCAUCUCGCUUAUAUCGGGCGAAACCAGCGUCUGCGAUCCUAAUUUGGUACACGUGGCGAUUACGCUCGACAUCGAGUACCUCCGGGGCUCAAUUGCCGCCGUCCAUUCGAUUCUGCAGCACUCUCAGUGCCCGGAGAGUAUCUUCUUCCACUUCCUGGUCUCGGAGACGAAUCUGGAAACCUUAGUGAGGUCCACUUUCCCUCAGUUGAAGUUCAAGGUGUACUACUUCGAUCCUGAGGUCGUUCGGGGCCUGAUUUCGACCUCGGUGAGGCAAGCGCUAGAGCAGCCGCUGAAUUACGCGAGGAAUUACUUGGCCGAUCUUCUCGAGCCCUGCGUGCGUAGAGUGAUAUACUUGGAUUCUGACCUAGUCGUGGUCGAUGACAUCUCCAAGCUGUGGACUACGAACUUGGGUUCUAAAACCAUCGGAGCCCCGGAGUACUGCCACGCCAACUUCACCAAGUACUUCACGGCAGGAUUCUGGUUGGACCAGCGGUUUACCGGCGUUUUCGAGGGCCGGAAGCCGUGCUACUUCAACUCCGGGGUGAUGGUAAUAGAUCUGGCCAAGUGGAGACGGGUCGGGUACACGGGGCGGAUCGAGAGAUGGAUGGAAAUCCAGAAGAGCCACCGGAUUUACGAGCUCGGGUCCCUACCGCCGUUCCUGCUGGUAUUCGCGGGACACGUGGCGCCCAUAGAGCACCGGUGGAACCAGCACGGUUUAGGCGGCGAUAACAUCAGGGGCAGCUGUCGUGACCUCCAUCCUGGUCCGGUUAGCUUACUGCAUUGGUCCGGUAGCGGCAAGCCAUGGCUCAGGCUGGACUCCAAGCGACCGUGCCCGCUCGAUGCUCUUUGGGCACCCUACGACUUGUACGGACUGUCCCACUGAAAAUUUACCAUCCUCCGUGACAUUGGCGGGGUGGAUGCUCGCCGGUAAAUUCCCUCCCGGACUGUUUUUUUGUUAAAUUUUCUCCUCAUUAUACUGUGUUCUCUCCUUCCUAUUUCCCCAUCACCUCUGCUACCCAGAAUUUUCUUCUUCUCCUUAUUUUGAUUUUCUUUCAUUUUCAUUAGUAACUUAUUUUUCAGGGAUUUGUAUUCUAUUCUAUUCUAUUACUCCUUCUGAAAAUAAGAUAGAAAAAAACAGGUUAUUCAA